GACUUUUCAACAAUUUCAAAGUAAUUUUACUCAUAAACCCAAAGAAAAGAUUAGAAGACUAAUACUUUUCUUUAAAUGGCCAUUAUAAAAAUACAAUUAAAUAGUCUCUACAAAACUUUGUAUGUGAGAGCUGAGAGGAAACAGAGGAAAAUCACCAGACCAGAGUCUUUCUUCUCUGGCUGCUUAUGUGGCCUCUCUCUCUAGAGAAGGCAAAGCUACCAAAAUUCUCAGAACCAAGGUCACGCUUUUUGUUGUGGGGAGCAAUCAUGCUAACUUGCAGCUUCGUGCAACGUCCUAGCCAUCAAUCUCUGUAAGGGAAUGUUGGAGAAAUGGGGAAGAAAGGAAGUUUGUUUUCUGCAAUCAAAAGUGUGUUUACUCCACAGUCCAAAGAGAAGCUAGGCAAUCAGGAAGCAGAGAGAAAGAGUGGGAAAGAAAAGAGUAAGAAGAAAGGCUUUGGGAAGCUAAAGCGUGGAGAGAGCAGUUCAUUUCUUCCCAUCUUCAGAGAGCCUAGUAGUAUUGAAAAGAUUUUGGCAGAAGCUGAGAGAGAUCAUAAUCUUGUUUUCAGGCCUCCUACUCCUCCUGAUCAAUCAAAUCCACCCUCAGCCUCUCCUCCACCUCCUCUGAGGCCUGCUUCUCCACAGUCUCCUCCUCCUAGAGAUAAUGACCUUCCAAGAUUGGAUUCUUCAAGAUCGCUUUCACAGAAUCCCCCUGAUGAAUCAAAGCCAUCACCAGCCUCUUCAAGUAGUCCUCUGAAGCCUGGAGUUCUUUCUCCAAAACCAACUUCACCAAGAGUUGUCUACCCACAAACAGUCUCUAUAAAGCCUCCUUCUCCAAGACCAACUUCACCAAAGCCUCCUUCCGCAAGAGAGGCUUCUCCAAGAGCAGACCCACCAAGGUUGGAUACUCCAAGACCACCUUCACCAAAGCCUCCUCCAAGAGCAGAACCAUUAACCUUGGAUACUCCAAGACCCACUACGCCUAAGCCUCUCUCUCCAAGGGCAGAACUGCGAGAGGAGAUUGUUUCUAGACCAGAGCCAACUCUCCUGGCCCAACAUGCUUCUGCAACAAAGAUACAAGCAGCUUUCAGAGGUUACACGGCAAGGAGGAGUUUCAGAGCUCUCAAAGGUUUAGUCAGGCUUCAAGGAGUGGUGAAAGGAUACAGCGUGAAGCGUCAGACAGUAAACGCAAUGAAGUACAUGCAGAAACUGGUCCGCGUCCAAUCCAAAAUCCAGUCACACCGCACAAAAAUGUCAGAAAACAAAACACAAGUUGAGAAAGAUGCUGUUAAUGAUCAUUGGGACGACAGUGUGCUGACAAAAGAAGAAAGGGACGCGAGAUCACAGAGAAAAAUCGAUGCAAUCAUCAAGAGAGAACGGUCCAUGGCCUAUGCAUACUCUCACAAGGUAACACCCAAGUCUGCUCACGACGUUGGGCUCCCUCUAUGGUGGAACUGGGGAGAUCAUCAGCUCCCUCUUGCUAGUCCUGCACCGAGCCAUUACAGGCUAACACCAACAAGACUGAGCCCAAGAUAUUCCAGAGGAAGACUAAGAGGUGGUUCUCCUUUUAAGGAUGAUGACAGCCUCACAAGCUGCCCUCCAUUCCCAAGCUACAUGGCUCCAACGCUCUCUGCCAAGGCCAAAGUUAGACCAAACAGCAACCCGAAAGAGAGAGUGAUGGGCACACCAUCAUCAGUCAGCAGCGAGAAGAGGAGAGUGUCGUAUCCACAAGCGCAACGAGGUCAAGAUGUGUUUAGAUGGAACAAAGGAUCGUUGCUCAUGAGCAACAAAGGAGGUCCUGGUUCUUCACCUGGAGGUGUGGUGGUUCUUGAAAAGCGCAAGACGGUUAAAUCAGUAGGGAAUUUGAGCGUUGAUUCUACUGUCUCGAUGUCUAGUAAACCGUUUAACAGAUAUGUGUGAUUUGUUUUUGAUGGAACAUGUUUUUUUUUAUGUUACAUUUGCUUCAUUUGUUGGUGGUGUUGAUUUUUGAGUGUUGAUUAUGAAUUUACCAAUGUAAUAUAAUGAAAAGGAAAAACAAUGACAAGAGGAUUUGGUUUGAAGUAGAA